AUUCAGGGACAAAGGACCUCGGUAGCACGGCAAGCAAUGGCGGCAGUUUGUUCCCGCAGACGAGCGAGCUAAAUGAUAAAUAAAUGAUAAAUGGGUUGUACUUGUAUAGCGCUUUUCUACCUUCAAGGUACUCAAAGCGCUUUGACACUACUUCCACAUUUACCCAUUCACACACACAUUCACACACUGAUGGAGGGAGCUGCCAUGCAAGGCGCUACCAGCACCCAUCAGGAGCAAGGGUGAAGUGUCUUGCUCAGGACACAACGGACAUGACGAGGUUGGUACUAGGUGGGGAUUGAACCAGGGACCCUCGGGUCGCGCACAGCCACUCUUCCACUGCGCCACUGGAUGUCUUGGCUCACACCGUCCCUUAUGCCACCGAAGAUGAUCAAGAGAACAAUAUCGACCCUAGCUUCCCUGGCCUGCUGACAUCAACUCCAAAACUGGACAGAUCAGCUUUCAGGAAAAGAUAGCGGAUGAGGAACUCUGUUCCAUUUGGCUUGUUGGGCAGGGGAGGAACUAUUGGGAGGUUCUUCGUCACAACUUUUCAUCCAGACGGCGUUUGAGCCACAGACCAAGAAGUUUGCUGAUGAAUCAACACACAACUCAGGUAGAAUGGAUCAGACCAGUUAUCGACACUCUGGAGAUGAUGACGACGAUGAUGAGCCGUUCCUCCUUUUUGGUGCGUUGCUGUCCAAGGUCAAAGAUACGGUUGACUCUGCAAUCACCCGCACGCUCCAGAGAGCCGUGCAGGGUGUGGUGGUGUUCUCCGUGGUGGUGCUGCUGCUCUGGAUCGCCGCAUUUUUGUACGGCAGCUUCUACUACUCUUACAUGCCACUGGCAGCCUAUUCCACACCUGUGCACUACUACUACAGGACAGACUGUGACUCCCCGAGCUCCUUUGCGUGCUCGUAUCCCCUGGCCAACGUCUCCCUGAUGAGGAACAACAAACCUGUGUUGACAUUUGGCCAGGCCUACCGCAUCCUCCUGCAGCUGGAGAUGCCUGACUCCCACACCAACCAUGACAUCGGCAUGUUCAUGAUCAGGACCACCUGCUUCUCUCGGGGGGGCGGCCAGGUGGCGUCGUCUGCUCGCUCGGCAAGACAGCUGUCGCCUACCUCCAGCUCUCGCUUUAGUAUGCUGCGCUACCAGUCGGACCUCCUGAGGACCAUUUCCACGCUGCUCUUCUUGCCAGCCUUCCUGAGCGGAGUCGUUGAGCAGAAACAAGUGUUAGAGGUGGAACUCUUCGCAGAAUACACUGAAGACCCCUAUUCCCCCUCAGUCAGAGCAGUCAUUGAGAUUCUGUCCAACAAGGCGCAGAUCUACUCCUCACAGCUCUACAUUCAUGCUUACUUCACUGGUAUAAGGUACUUGCUGUUCAACUACCCAGUCCUCUCUGCCCUGGUUGGUGUGGCGAGUAACUUCGUCUUCCUCAGUGUCCUCCUAGUGUUCAGCUACGUGAGGCUGCUUUUAGGUGUGGAAAGGAGAUCAGAACAGGUCCAAGUCAAUGGAGUAGACACGGUGACGUCAAACAGCGGUGAGAAUGACAAUAGUUCAGGCGUUGCAGAGCUACCGGCAGGACAAGCAGCUGGAAGACCGCCAGCAGCACAACAAAUUAGCUAAAGCCUGUGGCCAUUUGUUAUUGUGGCCUAUGAUUUUUUGGUAGGAAUUCAAGAUCCAUAUAUAUAUA